AUGGAAAGACCUACACCUUGCAACGUGACGCCUAGAAGGGACCACGAGAGGGACUUGGAACUAGACAAGAAGAUUGAGGCUCUCCGCAGGAAGAAUGAGGCUCUAAUGAAAAGAUACAAGGAGGUGGAAGAGGACAAGAAAAGAGCAGAAGAAGAUGGAAUGGCCCUCCUAAGCCGUAAGGGAAAAGCUGAUGAUCUCACGAUAACAGUAAACAAGUCCACCAGUGAAAGCCGAGUAGUGGUGACCAAGUCUUUCAACACUACCUCACCUGUUGCGAAAGUACAAUUGGAAAUAGGAGCAGGCUUCGGGAAGGAAAUUAGUCUGCAGGCAUCUGGCAAUGUUGGCAGAGGGCACAAGAAGAAGCUAAUUGUUACCAUGGCUGGUAAAAAGGGCAAGAGAGUGGUGUGUGAGAAAGUUGAGAAGAUGCCAGACCCUACAUGUUUGUCAGAUGUCAAGAGCCCGGCUGAUGAGGAACAAGCUGGCGGGGUCGAGGCAGCAGGGAAACCAAAGCAAGCAAGUCACAUGACCAAGUUGGACAAUACAGCACAGGAGCUGGAAAUCACAGACCUUAACAUCCCCACUUCGAAGGAGGAGCAGGAGGAAUACCUGCAAUGGAAAAAAGAGCGCGAGAAGAUUGACAAGGAGAGAGUAGCACGUCACAAAAACGCCAAGGGACAGUGGAGGCGGGCGUGGGACAUUGACAAAACAGAGAACAUGUUUUUAGACAAAUCCGUACCUGACAGAGAUUGGGUGCCUCCACCUAGAGGAGGACGAAGCCCCAGAAGAGUACAGCAUCGGUCUGGUGCUGACCCAGGAGGUCAUGAGAAGCGAGGCAAAGACAAGUCAACAAAAAACCUACAAGUAAUGGGCAGUAACGCAAAAGGCAAAGAUCGUCUGACUGGGAGGGCUAGAAGAUGGCAAGAUCAAGUAGAAGUAGAAGGUGAUAAUUUACAGACUUCAGAUGUACCAUCUGAAGAAUUCCUGGAGAAAUUUGAUGCACUUACAGACGCUGAAGAAGAAGAGCAGAGAGAUCAGGACUCAAAAACAAGGUUGCUCAGUCCAGAUAUAUUAAAUCCAUGUGAAAUAGAGAGUGGAUCCAAAAGUUCAUCCACAUUGAGAGCAGACACUUCAGUCCAGAACAAAGCAGAUGCCUCACCCCAUAGGACUUCAGAGAAGAAAGUGCGAUUCUCACAGGAGCUCAUCCAGGGGGCUCACACAAAGCAAAUCACAGGCUCUCAGGAUUCCGCUAGCAGCUCCGAAUCAAGUCAAACGUGCUUCGUAAAGGCUUCCUUGCAGAAAAAAAAUCAGCAUGAAGUGCCCCGACAGUUUCUGGAAAGUGCCAAGGAGGAUGAAGAGAGUCAUUGGCAGCAGCAGGCUUCUGAAAGUGAAUGUACUAAAAAAGACAUCAGUGCUCCCACAGCGGCUUGUGGUCCUCUUGCUGAGAAGGUCUGUGCUUCUCCACUGGACUGCUCUGUCCAGUCUGUGGACCUUGCCAACAUAAACACAGAUGAACCUAAUGAUCCGUGUGUAUGUGUCUUGAGCCUGGAAUCGGGGGAGUCACACCCGGAACUCUUUAGCUGCACCGACAAGGUUAGUGUGAGGCAGAAGCAGAGGGCCGAGGGGAAUCGAUAG